UGUUUGCAAACAAUAAUGAUACAUGUCUUCUGAAGAAAGUCGUCACUCCUCCGAAGGAAAGAUUAACGUCAGGUUCGGAUCAGGCUCGGCCAGGACGGUUAAACCCUUUUUUCGCAGAGGAACUGGUUCUGUGAGUGGAGGAAUCAGCGGAUCAGCUUUAUCUCCUUACCCGGACAGUGACAGUGACAUUGUUGAGCACGAUCCGUCAGAGAUAAUCGCAGAGCAAAACAGUGAUCCUAGCCGGUCCAUCCUAACCAGUGGUUUCUCAGAAUAUACCAGUGAAGGAGGUCCAACAUCUGCUGGUUCUGCUGGUGAUUUAGGGGAGGAGGUCUUUGAGCUGGUUACAAAUUCAGAGGAAGAGUUGCAGAAACUUCUUGAGGGAUCAGAAUUUGGUGAAGGAGAGCGCUCUUCAGAGGUGCACUCUGCUGAUGAUGAAGUUAAAGAUGAGAUCAAAAACCUAGGUGCUACCCUCGUCAGAACGUUAACACCCAAGGAGUUGCCAGUAUUCGUCAGGACGGAGGGUGAGUCAAGUGAUAACGACUCUAUGGUAGAAUACUCUGAUGUGGAGGAGGAUUCUUAUCGGCCCAGUUUAAUUCGGCAGUCAUCACUGGGGGAUUUUUUGGGUGGAUCUCCUACGAAGAGCGAUUCAGGUUCAGGAAGUUUGGUAGAUCACGAGUCAGUGGACUCAAUGAUUGUUCAGUCGGACGUUGAGUCUGAUUUAGGAAUGAACUCGUAUAAAGUUCCUAUCGAGAUGACGUUUGACAGAUCCUCUAGUUCAUCCUCUAGUUCAUCCUCAUCGUCAAGUUCGUCAGAUCUUGACAGUGAUGACUCAAUGAUAGUUAACUCUGACAUCGAUGUUGAGGUGACUGCCUCCUCAGACUCGUACAAAAUUAUCAAACCAAUCAUUCAGAAACCCAGACUUCCUAGGAUCAGCAGCGAAGAUGAUGAUGACUCCAUGGUAGAGCACGAUAAUAUUGAAAUCAGUGUGAGAACUCAGUCAUAUAAAAAGAAAUCUGUCUCCUUUAUGAGCUCCGAAUCUGAUGCCACAAGUCAGGACAGUAUGAUCGAACAUGAUUCAGUUGAAAACCAUUCAGAAAACUCUGAGGAUCCAGAUCAACUGAAAUAUUAUUAUGAUGACUCUAAGUCUCCAGUUGCUGUUUUUAUCCUAUCCCCGACCCCAAGUCAUAUUACCCUCUCUAGUCAGACUGAACCCGAUAUCCAGUUAUCGGGGGAAAUAGAUCAUGAUCGUUCAGAACACUCAGAUGACUUCGAAACUGAAGUGAGUAUUGCUACUGAGUCAGUUACAUCAUCAUCACGCUCUCGUGCUUCAUUUGAGCUCCCCGUGUCAGAUAAAACGUCCUCUACAUCAAAAAGUUCUUCGUCAUUCGAGUUCAAGAAUACUCGCCCAUGAAUGCCGAGCUCAGCCGUAGUGAACCUAUGGAUAUUGAUGUUUCUGUUCAAAGUGAUGCUGCACCGUACAGCGAGGGUACAGCCACUAUAUCUGACUCUCAGUCAGGUCCAGAUUAUGGUGAAUAUUCGCCGUUCCAACAAGAAGCUGCAACUUCAAGUUCUAGUUUUGAAAUGGAGACUCCGUCACUAGCAACGGACUCCCAGCUAGCUUAUUUUGGAGCGGAAGUAUCCAACUCUGAGCUUCUAUCAAACUCUCGUUCACAAAGCAUCGAAAAUUUUUUAUCAGUCAGGGCGCGUGAGCUUGGAGCUUCGGUGGAGUCAAUCUUCAAUUCAGAUUUGUAUGAUGACCCCGCUGCAUUGCGUGAGGGUAUCGCAGCUGCCAAGAGUUCGAACAGCAUGAUUUUGGAAACAGCUCUUAAAAUCAUGCACUCUAAGAGCUCGGAUGCGGUGCUAUCACUCUGCAAAAACUUGGAACAAACAUUAGAUGCAAACUCAUCAUCUCAGUCUAACGUCGCUCUCUCAUCAGACAACAUCAUUGAGAUUACCGAGGAUGAAAACGUUGUCAUCAAGACAGCGAAACAACUGCUUCAAGCAACAACUGAGGAGGAACUAGAACAUCUGUAUCGGCUGCUGAUUGAUGCUGCUGGAGUUGAAGAUGAGGAGGCUGCUAUUGAAAGUGUCCUGACUCUGAUCUCCUCAUCUGAUGUUCCCAGUACAACUACUGAUGAAUUAACAGACAUUCUGACGUUUUGUCGGACCACUCUGGAAGAAAAGAAAAAAGGAGAAAAAGAGGAGAAAGAGCAACAAGGGACUCAAUUCUCGUCAGCUAAGGAUAACCUGAUGAAACUUCUGACUGCAGAAUAUGAUCAUGACUCUGACUCAGAAACCAGGACUCACAAAUCUGAGGAGGUACCGUAUGCAACGCUAAGCAGUCGUUUUCAAGAGGCUAGACUGGUUCUCAGAUCCACUCUGGAUGAGGAGUAUCCUGAGCUAAAACUUCAGGCUGAACGUCUUCGUCAAAACAGAACAAUUCAGAUUCCCAUCCAACAUUCAGAAGUUUGGCUUGCUCUUCGCUCACUGUUAUUAAAAGAAUUCCCACCGGACGAAGUAGACCAUAUCCUGAGAACUGGACGAAGAUUUGAGAUGAGAACGCCAGUACCCACCUGUUGUUGUUGAACCAGAAGUUAAAUCUCCGAAACCUUUCAAAGCUACAGUGAAUCGUCAACGUGCUGAAGAUGAAGGAGAAGUCUGCGAGAUCUCCGACAAAAUGGCUGCCCGGAUAAAAGCUAUCACAGCGAGAAAGAAACUCCAACUGGCUGCAGCACGUGCUGCCAAGCAGGCUAAAGCAGAGGUGAUGGAGGUGGAUGCUGGUGAAGAUUGCAACAUUUUACCCUUUAACUUUGAGAUAAGAAUGAGAGCUUCAGCAAUAAAAGUUCGCAAAAUGAUUUCAUUUCAACAGAAGUUUGCUGGUGCUUUGCAGGCGAGAGUCAAGAUUCGUAAAAAGGAAGAAGUUCAGGUUAAACCUAGCGACUCAGCAGUAGUGGAACACACGAAAACCGAGCCGCCCACCGCAGUUACCAUUGAAAAUGGAAAUACAUCAGAUGACAAUGACUCUUCAUUCUGUGAGUUAUCAUUAGCUGAUUCUGAAGUACAACUGGGAAUAGCAGAUUCAGAAGAGCCGGUUCAAUCAGACGAGGGUCCCAAAAUCUUAUCAGCACAAUCUCUAGAAAGUGAUCUUGAUGGCAUUAUGACUAGUAUUGAGGCUGAGGUCAUCCCAAAUGUCGACGCUUACAUUCACAGUUCUGAUGAGUCUGUCCUUGUCUCAAAAGAAACCAGCACAGAGGAUAUCAGCGAGUCUCAGAUUAGCGAGAGUUUUGGUGGAGAGAUAUGCCACACAUCAGAUGUGUUUACUCCUUGUUUAACCAGAACAUCACUUUUAUCCAAUAUAACCCGAUCCGAGGAAGCUGAAACUGUUCAGCGAACUGUCGCCUCAAAUCCUGACUUUGGACAGAGGUUCAUAUACGGGAGAAAUCUUGAAAACCCUUUCCACACAAUGGACAUAGACAGUCCCUUCAUAGACAGAGUCAGCAGAGAAGAACGGCCAGGAAAAGAAGAAAACCUAACGAGAACCUCCCACCAGUCCAUGACAACUGAUCUUAGCUUCUUUAACCUGGUCUCCCUGACCAACAUCCCUGAAUACAUCCCCGGCUGUGAGCACAGGACCUGCCCCUGCUGCGCUGCUAAUAAAGCCGUCAUCGCCAGUCUGAGGAAACGUUUAAAAAGUAUCAUUGAUCAGUUUAACAAACACAUGGAGUUCACUCUGUUUACUCUGCUGGAGAUGGCUCUGUUUUUGUUGGAGAACCCUGAUCAAAGGGAAAAUGCUAUUGAGACCUUGGAGCGGCUGGAGGAUCAGAUCUGGAAGACACCCUCUGAUCUGAAUAUUUACCAGAAGGUUCUGACAUUGCUUCACUACCUGGAUCAGGAGAAUGCGGAGGAUGAGAGUGAAAUGAAGCUUCAUGCUAGGUGCGAGAAAGUUUUAUCAGAUUUAAUAACAGCACACCGAGCAAGCCAGGAUCAGAAGAUGCCGGAUCGAGCGUUCGGUACGACAAUAAGUGGGAGUCACCUUAUCUUGGAGGAGGAGAGACGCAGAUUUAGAUCUACUGUUGAUGACUUAGAAAAGCAGCGAGCUGAGGCGCAGGAAGAAGUGGAUGACCUGAUAAACGCUCUGCGGAGGGAACGAGAUCUCGGAGAUGAAGAGAUAAUCUUCCUCAAAGCACAGCUCAGAGGAUUCACUGUAACUAAGUUUGAAGCUGAGGAUAAGGCGGAGAACUUGGACAAGGAAAACGAUCAGCUGAAAGAGGAGCUGAAAAAGGAGACGUACAAGAGGAAGAAGUUAAAGGAGCGCUUCUUGGAACUUCAGGAUCUCGUUAAUGAUGAGAGUGUCGUCUUGGUCAAAGAGGUUGAGAAGAAGGACGAAGAGAUUGAAGCUCUGAAAGAAGACCUUCAAGACCUUAAAGACCAGGUCGCCGCAGAGAAAGAAGGCCGUGAAAAGGCCACGGAUAAAGAAGAUAGGCUUCUUGAAGAGUGUGAGAAGCUGAAUCAGGCUGUUGACGAUCUUGAGGACCAGCUCAAAGCUAGUCAGCGAGACGUGAUAGCCUACAAAACCUACCUGGAAGAGAAGGGAGUUAACACUGACGACGUGUUUGACGACGCUCUGGUCCAGGCAAAGACCGAUCUGGAGGAAGCACUCCGAGAUCAGAAGGAUCUUGAGGCCCAGCUUGAUGAGCUAAAAGAAGCUGUCGAAGAUAACGAGAAGGAGCUUCUUGAGGACAUAGAAGCUAAAGCAAAGAAGAUCGAACAGCUGAAGAGAGGACUUGAAGAUAACGAGUACCUCCACCAGACCAAAUACGAUGAUCUCUUCUUAGAAAACGAGAAACUGUUGGAAGACAUCGAGAAUCUGAAAGAGCAGCUCCAAGAACAACAGAACAACCCAUCUGAAGAGCUCCCUGAAUUCGGUGUGUCCCAGGAGAAAUACGACCAGCUCCUAGAGGAAAUGGAGAAAGAGAGCCAGGAACGCCUCAGACUCCAGAACCACUAUAAGGACCUUAAAUCGUACGUCGACAAGGACACAGCAGACCUCAUUGCGGAGGUCCAGGAACGUGACGCUGUGAUUGAGUCCAUGAACGACAAACUGAAUGAUCUUGAUAACUUGGACCAGAUCCAGGCUGAGAUAGACUGGGAGAGGAAACAGAGGAAGAUUGAUGAGCAGAAGAUCUCUGAGCUGAGGAUGCAUAUCAGUCAGGACAAGAAGGAUAUUGUUGCUGAUUCGGAGAGGAAAUCCGAUAUGAUCAGACAACUCAAAUCAACUCUCACUGAUGCCAAGACGAAUCUGGAGCGAGCCCGAUACAAACAGCGUGAGAUAAUAGCCAACAACCAGCGCCUGAGGGCUGGUAACCAGGCCCUUAUCAAGGAGCUGGAUGAGCUGAAGAAGAGGGGAGUUCCUGGGGCUCCUGUUGAUAAGAAGAUCGAGGAUCUGAUUGAGGAACUGAAGGAUAGCAACAGGGAUCUAGACAAAGAGCGGGAACUGCGAGGUCAACUUCACCAGAGCUUCCAGGAUCUGAAGAACACCCUGUCUGAUGAAGAAGCGGAUCUAGCUGAUGAGAUCUACAAACGUGAUGUCAUCAUUGCUAACCUUCACGCGCAACUGAGGGAAGAAUCAGAUAGAUUGGAGCAGCAGCUAAGCAAUCACAGAAGAAGAGAAGAAGAGGUAUUGGACGACUAUCAGACUCUCAAAGAGAAAAUAGAGAAUGUCGAGAGAGAUUGUGAGCCCGUCGGUCACCAACCAGCCAUCAAGGAACUAGAACGGGACAUGUUCGAGGACCUGACAAAGUGGCAGGAGGAUGAGGUUAGGAUCCUAGACACAGCACUGAAUGACAGGAGCGCUCAGCUAUCAGAUCUGGAGGAUCUGUUGAGGAACAGUGAGCCAGGGUUUGAUGAUGAGAGGGUGCAUUAUGUUAAGGAGCUAGCUUCUCAGGAGAAAGAGAACAAUGAGCUGCGAGCACUGAACCGCAAGAUGGAGAAACUGCAGGCAGAGCGUGCUAAGCAGUAUGAGAAGGAGCUGGAGGAUAUGAACAAGGAGUUAGAGGCACUCCGACGGAGGUUAGGAGGAAACGUCAUCACGUCAGAACCGUUCCACUGUAGUAAUGAGUCUCUGCCGAUAGCUGUUAUGGAUGUCGUCGAUCUUGAGGAGAGUGGCCUUGGAAUAUCAGUGGAUGUAGACGGGUUUGAUCAGGUCCGCUCUACUCCCCCAGGACAGGCAGCCCCCUCACCCGCCCUCAUACAGAAUGAACCUGAGAAAUACGACGACAGCAAGGAACUUUUGCUUAUUCUCUGA